CAUGUCCACACGACCAGCUCGAGUCAGCAACCCCAGGCCAUGAACCCCAACACCUACCUGGUAAAAUCGUGAGUGCCAAUGAUCCACGCGACCAGCGCCCUCCGAGUCACCUACUGACGGUUUUUUUGGUCGUCUUUUGUUUGACACCGGCCGGCGGCGAUGCCUCUUGGCAGGUGUCCCGAUCUUCGAAAAGCCAUGCAAGCACCUAGAUGGUCAGACACCACGAGUCCACGACACACUUAUCAUGCACGUGCGGAUCCAGUCCAUGCACAGGAAUGGGGUCUGCAACGAAUUCAAUGGACAGGACAGGGCGCCGGGAUGCAUUCGGGCUAAGAGCACCAAAUCCCACUAGAAUGCCCAAGAGAUCGAAUAGCCAUUAUGUAAUCCACCUGAUGCCCGGCAGUGUGCUUCUUCCUCAGUGGUCUGUUCUUACAUCGGAACUUUGCUCCGUCAUCUUCCUUCGACGCCCUGCGCCAAUUUUCACCCCUAACCUUGUCUAUCAAGGGUGUCCCAGUUCCGACGUCGACACCAUCUGCCGACCCGUGUUGCCCCCACCAGGACUAUUCGUAGCCUCACCUUCCGAACCCUUCCUCACCAGAGCUGCAUCCAUGCCCAACUCUGGUUUACCUGCCCUGAAUCCAGCAAACAGCUCCGACAAUUUCCACGCGACAGUAAUUGCUGCGCCUAUGGUAAAGGGAUCAUGGAUCAGUGCAUUGUCCACUAACGCUGUGCCGAUUACGGUCGUUUUUGGACGCUUCGAUGCCCAUAUCGAGCCAUGGGGCGCAUCGCCAACCACAGUCCAUCAAUACCGAGACCAACACCCAGGGUUCUUGGUUUCCAGGAUCCAAAGAUGCAUCAAAUCGUGGAACAGCACGAUCCUCAACUCGGCAGGUUCGAUAUGUAUGCAUGGUGCUAACCCUGCCGAUGCGAUACUCUGUGUGCAUAUUUCGCAACUCGAGGCGUUCAGCGGUCAAUCCGCAUCAGUUGCCGUGACUUUGAUUCGCAAAUAACUAUACCAUAUGCGAUGCCAACCUGCCAACUUGCGCUGAGCACAGGAAAACUAUCAAGAUGCUACUCGUGGAAAGCUGACUCAGGGCAUUAGACAGAUCAGCAGCGGGAGAUCCCAUUGUCGAACAGACACCCGACGGGACUAGGGCCUGGUCUGGAUGUCGUCCUCCAGAUGCGGUUCCAUGGUCUGGAAACGGGGUAUCCCACGUUUUAACUUUCUUGGCAUUGGCAUUGUAUCCUCUUUCUCUACACAUCAUCCAUGUUUAUUUCAACGUUUUGCGGAUCUCAAACCGCGCAAUAUAAUGCGGUACAAGUACAAAGUACA